ACUUGCUGGUGUCUCCGUGUCACAUGGUCCCGACUUGCCGAGCACUGAACCCAAAGAGGCCUCUCCUGGACACAAACCGCUGCCUCGUCAUCUGGGUGAGGGACACUAGUGAAGUUUAUUUCCUAAUGGGGCCGGACUUCAGCGAAGAACAAUAUGUCAAGUACAGAUACUGCCGAAAUAGCGAGAGACAAAUCCUCUUGAGACAUUCCUUGGCGAAAUCCAAGCGAAGCCACGCCUACAUGUUCAAUGCACGUUCCAGCAGUCUCUCUGCCCUGGAGGAGCGCUUCCUGGACGCAGCGGAAUAUGGAAACAUUCCUGUAGUAAGGAAGAUGCUAGAAGACAUUCCCGACCUCAACGUCAACUGUGUGGACUACAUGGGCCAGAAUGCACUCCAGCUCGCUGUGGCCAACGAACACCUGGAGGUCACCGAGCUCCUGCUGAAGAAAGAGAACCUGGCCCGCAUUGGGGACGCUCUGCUGCUGGCCAUCAGUAAAGGGUACGUCCGAAUUGUGGAGGCCAUCCUGGGGCACCAAUCCUUCGCCGACAGCCGAAGACUGACCGCCAGUCCAAGCCAGGCGGAAAUGCACGACGAAUUCUUUGCCUACGAUGAAGACGGUACACGCUUCUCCCACAACAUCACGCCGAUCAUCCUGGCCUCUCACUGUCACGAGUACGAGAUUGUGCACAUCCUUCUGAGGAGAGGAGCCAGGAUUGAACGACCUCAUGAUUACUUCUGCAAGUGCGACACCUGCAACUAUCACCAAAUGCAUGACUCGUUCAGCCACUCGCGCUCGCGCAUCAACGCCUACAAAGGGUUGGCCAGCCCGGCCUACCUUUCCCUCUCCAGUGAGGAUCCAGUGCUGACAGCUCUGGAGCUCAGCAACGAACUGGCCACGCUGGCCAACAUAGAGAAGGAAUUCAAGAAUGAUUAUAAGAAACUCUCUGUGCAGUGUAAAGACUUUGUCGUGGGACUUUUGGAUUUGUGUCGGAACACGGAAGAGGUGGAAGCCAUAUUGAACGGAAAUGUCGACUUAAGCGAAAGCCCAGGUUCGACCGGUCGGCCAAGCUUAGUUCGAUUAAAACUGGCUAUUAAAUAUGAACUGAAAAAGUUUGUCGCUCAUCCCAACUGCCAGCAGCAGCUUCUCUCCAUCUGGUACGAGAACCUUUCAGGACUUCGUCAGCAGACCAUGGCUGUCAAGUUCCUGGUGGUUCUGGGAGUUGCCAUGGGGCUGCCCUUCCUGGCCUUGGUCUACCUGGUUGCACCCUGUAGCAGGGUGGGAAAGGUCAUGCGUGGUCCCUUUAUGAAAUUUGUAGCGCAUGCAGCCUCCUUUACUAUCUUCCUUGUCCUUCUCAUCAUGAACGCUGCGGAUCGCUUCAAUGGGACGAAGCUGCUCCCCGACAUGGUACUUAAUGACCACCCCUUGCAGCUGUUUCGCAUGAAGACUACACCAUUCACCUGGAUGGAGAUACUCAUCAUCUCCUGGGUCAUAGGGAUGAUUUGGGCAGAAUGCAAAGAGAUCUGGUCUCAGGGCCCUCGGGAGUAUCUGCUGGAACCAUGGAACCUUUUGGACUUUGGAAUGUUGGCAAUUUUUUUAGCGUCAUUCAUAACACGGUUUUUGGCAUUCAGACAUGCAUGCCUCGCACAAAGCUUUGUCAACAAGCAUUACACCGACCUGUCCAACAUUACCCUGCCCUUCGAAAUCAAAUAUUACACACUGGCCCGUAUCAAGUGGCUUCCUUCAGACCCCCAGCUCAUUUCAGAAGGCCUGUAUGCCAUUGCGGUGGUGCUGAGCUUCUCGCGCAUUGCAUACAUCCUGCCUGCAAACGAGAGCUUUGGGCCCCUGCAGAUAUCACUGGGGCGAACUGUGAAAGAUAUCUUCAAAUUCAUGGUCAUCUUCAUUUUGGUGUUUCUAGCCUUCAUGAUUGGAAUGUUUAACCUCUACUCCUACUACCUGGGAGCCAAACAAAAUGAUGCAUUCACUACAAUCGAAGAAAGCUUUAAGACUUUGUUUUGGGCUAUUUUUGGACUGUCCGAAGUUAAGUCUGUCGUGGUUAAUAACGGACACAAAUUCAUUGAAAACAUUGGCUAUGUCCUCUAUGGGGUGUACAACGUAACCAUGGUAAUCGUUCUGCUGAACAUGCUCAUCGCCAUGAUAAACAGCUCCUUCCAGGAGAUUGAGGAUGAUGCUGACGUCGAGUGGAAGUUUGCCCGCUCCAAGCUUUGGAUCUCUUACUUUGAGGAGGGGAGAACUCUGCCCGUCCCAUUUAACCUGAUCCCCAGCCCAAAGUCAGUGAUUAACUUCUUUCUGUUGACCAAAGAGCUCAUGCUGCGAUGUAGACAAGAGGUGAACAGAAGAAGGGAUGCGGCGCUUGAGGAGCUGGGUCCAGACAACAAAGCAGGAGACAGAAGUUCAUCUUGCCAAAGCGUCUAUCAGAAAAUAAUGAAGCGUCUCAUUAAACGAUACGUCCUGCAAGCACAAAUCGAUAGAGAAAGCGAUGAAGUAAAUGAAGGAGAACUGAAGGAAAUAAAACAGGACAUUUCCAGUUUACGAUACGAGCUUCUGGAAGAGAAGUCCCACAGCAUGGAGCACCUGAAGAAUCUCAUUAAGAGACUGGAAGGGAAACUCUGCGUCGAACCCAAGCACUGGUGAGCGCCAGCCAUUCGAGGCCACGCUGGAGCUCUCUUCUCCUCAUGAAGCUUUCCAUUAAUUUAAUAGUAAAGUCCUUAAUUACGAAUAUUCUGAAGUUCUGGAUGCCGAUAAUCUAAAUUAAGAUACAAUAAUACACAGGGAAAGAUGUUCAACCCCUCGUGCCAAAAACCAAGGGGGCUAGACAAACCA